AUGGACGAAAAAAACCAACCCCGUCAAUUUAUCCAUUCAAAAUCGUCCAUCAGCACCGAAGAUGGACAGCAUCUCUUUUACAUCAAAAACUCCAGCUGGCCAUCCAGCAGACCCGAUGUAGCCCUCCACUCCGGUCGAGAUAAAAGAAGCCCAGUCGCCGCAGUUUGUGAGUUGAAUACAUGGUCAGACGACAAAAUUGCACUAGGCGACCCCAGCAAAACAGGAGUCAAAUGGAUACGAUUUGAACGGCAUUCAACGUUUAAACUCGAGUAUCAAUGGUCAUUUAUUGUCUCGGAUAUCGGCCAACAGACUUUCGCAUGGAAACACACUCAUUCCGAGGGCAUUGACGACCACAAGCUGAACGGGUUCUCAUCUGGCAAUUACAAAAUGGUUGAAACUCGCACGAACAGAGUGAUUGCGGUCUAUAACAAUGGAAGUAUCUUUUCUGGACGAAGCAAGAAGUUUCAGAUUAAUGUGAACUACGGAAGUGACUUCGAUGUUUUGGUCUUGCUGACGGGGUGUGCUUUACUGGAAAAGGCGCGCAGAAACUCUCGAAGCCGCACAUCAGCCUCGACAAGAGGUGCUGCUACUGCUGCGGCUGCAUGUUAG